CUCAUAGCUUUAUUUUGAAUUCACUCGGUGGGACUUGUGAAAACUAAGAGGAGUGUUUGGUCCAUGGAGCUACAUUGUUUGAUACGGCAACGAGUUAUGGGUGAAUGUCUGUUCAAUAUACUACUUUAAAUGAUACAUAAAACUUUUUGGAAAAUAACUAAGCUUCUGCUGCACAAGAACUUUAUAUUUAAAACACAGAAAGCUGUGGUUCGUGACUUCUCGUCAGCAUUCCUUCACUCUGUUAUUAUUGUCUUUAUUGAUAAGGAAAAGGAAAAGCGAUCACAAUGGAUGUUAUCGCAGAGUGUAAUGCAUCUAGAGUUACCAUGAGAGCAAAGAGCUAGAUUUAGGACUACAUCACGAUGAAAAUGGAGAAGAAAAAAGAUACUUUUAAUACUUUACCAGCAUCAUGUCAGCUACCCCAAGAGGUCGUGUCCUACAUCUUCAGCUUUCUCCCUUUAGCAGACAUCAAGUCUUCAGCAAGAGUGUGUCAUCUAUGGGCCAAGGCGUCUGAUGACCCGCUGCUAUGGAAAAACACAACCGCUACACUGUAUACUAAGAGUAAAACUUUCCCUGAUUCACUGAUUUAUAGCUUACAAUGUCGCUGUAUCAAGAGCAUUCGCUUUGUGCAUACAACAACUCCAGUGCAGAUCAUCCAAGUUUGCAAAGAACUUGCAGACAGUGUUCAGAGUUUGUCUUUGCAAAAUUGCCGCUGUGUAAAUGAGGACCUGCUUGACAGAGUGUUUGCUUGUUGCACUAAGCUAACAGAUCUUGAUGUCAGUCGAUGUCGGCAACUGGAUGCAAGUAAAACCAGCAGCUGGAUAGGCAAAUCCCAGCAAUGCUUGACAUCCUUAUCAAAACUUGACAUCAGCUGGUGCAAGGGACUUGGCGACUCAGCAGUAAAGACUGUUGCAACAGCAUUGCCAAGCAUCUCACACCUCUCUUUAGCUGGAUGUAAAGAGGUGCACCUUUCAUCCUGGCAAAGCCUUGGCAAAAAUUUGAAAUCAUUAUCUUUUCUGGAUAUUAGCCGAUCUGAUAUAACAGAUGUUAUCUUGUUAAAGUUUGCUGAAGUCCCAACAUUAUCUCUUAGAUCCAUAGAUUUAUCUGCUUGUAAGCAGCUCACUGACAAUGGUGUGGUUUCAUUGGUAAAGAAUCAGAGUAAAAUUGAAACCUUGAAGCUUUGUUGCCUGGAUAUUACCAACACAAGUGUUAUAGCCUUUGGGAAAUAUCUCAACAACCUCAAAGAACUGGACCUUAACAGCUGUCGUCAAGUUAUGGGUGGAGCUUUUCUCAGUUCCGGGGGCAUUAUCAGCACUCUUACCUCACUGAACCUCUAUUCCUGUUAUCUUCUUGCAUCGAAAGAAAUGGAGAAGUUUUUCAUCCCAGAUUCAAAAUCAAGUGUUUUGCCUCUUCAGACAUUGAUUUUGAAUGGAUGCACUAUGGCAACCGAUAAUUUUUUGAAAAGAUGCCUACCAGCUAUGGUUAAUCUCCAACAGUUGGAUAUCAGUUCGUGUUUGCAUGUUGGCGAUAGUGGAAUGCAUGUGAUUACAGAACUGCUGACAAACCUCAAAAUGCUAAAGAUUAGUUGGUGUGCAAAUAUUACGGAUGUUGGACUUCUAGGGUCUGGGCAGCUGAGUAAUUGUGAUGACAAAAUAAUAAAAGAGAAUUUAGCAGAGGGAAAUGGAAGACCAAGUGAAAAUAAAAAGUGUAAUAUGUGGGAAGAUGUAAAGGAAGUUUGGCAGCGAGGUAUUGGUCAUCUCCACAAGCUGGAGUUUCUUGAUGUCAGCCAUUGUACAUGUAUAACAGACAAGGGUCUGUGUGCCAUAUAUGGACUGAGUGAUCUUCUGACUCUAAAUAUCAACAUGUGUAUCGAGGUAACAGAUGCCACUCUGGUGAAUGUCUCUAGACACCUUCGCUCCUUAAGGGAGUUAUCAUUUAAUGGCUGUAGUCUAGUGACAGAUACUGGAGUGAUAGCAAUAGCCCAAGGCCUGUCCCAACUGCAAACCUUGGAUGCCUCCAAGUGUGACGGUGUCUCAGAUCUCAGUGUCUUCCAUCUUGCCAAGCACAGCAGCCGCCUGACCCACCUGGACCUGAGUAUGUGCAGUCACGUGACGAGUAAUGGCGUUGAUGAGUUAGAGGCUUAUCUACCUGGUCUAGUGUCCUUACAGCUGAGACACUCAGGCGUAAAGACCUUCUAGUUGAACAUAGCGUAGAAGGUAUGUUUUUUAAAAUGUGGCAAUCAUGCUAGAUUAUAUAUGAAGCCUUCAAGAAAAGGUAGCAAUAAAUUUUCAGCAUACAGUACCAUUAUACAGUAAGAAUUCAAUAUAUUUGUUGCCAAAUAUUGAUCGAUAAAUUAAAACAUUCUACUGAAACGUUCCCUACCAUUAACAAUAACAAUCUUAUACAAUCUUUUACUUGAUGGAUACAGCGUUAGUUUAGUUAGUGACGUGAAUAUUGAUAAUACUCGACCUUACCAUAACUGUAUGUCACAAAACGCGCUACUAAAUAUUUACUAGUGGAAAGUUAUACCCUUUCUCGGGCAAUGAGCUAAAAAGUUAAUUUGCCACUAAACUUUGGGGAGCACUAAUUUGCCACUCCAAAACACUUGAUCACGUGCGCGAGUCUCCCUGUACUUUGUACUCCUUAGACGAUUAUCAUAUAGUUCAAAGAACUCCCCAAAAUACUUAAAUCUUCACUCAGCUCAUUGACAUACGUUAUGGAUUUAUGUGAGUCGGUUUACUAAACAGUCCGCCAUUAGAAAAGAGGUUAGAGGUUCUCUAAGGUUUUUGCUUGAUAAUAAGUUAUAUAAAUCUCUGAGUUGCAGCCAUAAGUAUGGCCUAUAAAGCUUGAAUUUGUUUUUUCAAGUUUUGUAUUUUUACUGAUUUAUUUCACGAUAUUCUUAUGUUUACGCACCGUACCCUUCAAUGAUGUGCAUCUAGAACUAAACUGAAAAUAUUUAACAAUUUUAGGGUGCCUAAACUACCUACAUACUAAGCCUUUCCCUUGUAGCGUAUGAUUCUCUAUUGUCAGUUUUCUCUAGACGUCUCUCGAAGAUAACCAUGAUCUCUCCUUGUACCAAUUUUCUUCCGUUUUUGUCAGAGGCUCGCCUAGACAUAAUGAGACACGCUAUGAUGAUAGCCAUCGUUUUUACAAAAUGGCGGCAAAAUGAAGCGGGCAAAAUGCGGGAUGCGAUGUGGCGGGAAAAUGUAGCGGAAACAAUGCGGGAAGCGAUGUAGCGGGAAAAAUGCGGGAAGCGAUGGAGAUUGUUGCACCUUGUAUGGAAGGAAAAAAAAAAUUCUGCCCAGCCUACCGAAUACGGCAAUCGCGUUCGAAUACAAAUUUGUUCUUCAAGGAUGAAGAAAAAAAUCCAGUAAAGCUGUAAAUGAAUGAAUUUUGAUUCCUGUAUUAGAAUGGAUAGAUGAAUGAAUAAAUGAAUUAUACCUCGCA